GAAUAAACAGACAGACUUUAACAAGGUGGAAGGAGGCGGUCAAGUUAGCCUGCUUAACUUCCUCUUAUUGCUCGCUGUGUUUCCAGUUGGGUAAUACUUCUCGUUUAUUUCAGGAUUGGCUUCAGUUCCUGUUACUUGAUGGCUGAAAAACAAAGUUAGUGAGACAAUGCGGUGCAGUGUAGGAGACAGUCGACAUUAUCAGACAAAAUGUAUUUCUUUCUAGUCCUAUUCAUCCUGGGUGGAAUCCCUUCCAUUUGUAAAGGGCAACAUGAGAACACCUGCAACGUUGUCCCCAAAGAUAAAUACAUUGAAGUGGGAUCCGAUGUUGAUAUAGUGUGCCAGACUUCGUGUGUCCAUGGCAAAAUCUUCUGGACAAUCAACAACAGGUCUGUAGAUAAAAGCCUGUCAAACACUAUCAACUCGUCACACACAGUCCUGUCACUGAGGAACUUUACUCACCAAAACGCUAUACUGCAGUGCCACAGUGAAGAUAUUCAGCAAGUCCUUGGAGGCACCACCGUCAAAACAUACUCAAAACCCAGCAACAUAUCAUGCUUUUUGCAUAAAGAAGAUCAGACACGUGAAGGUUCACCAGACCAGAUCACAUGCAAGUGGGAGCAUGAGGUUAAUCCUUCCAUGGACGUAAACUACGUACUCCGUGCCUCUUCAUCAGAAGAACCUUUGAACCAAUUUGAAAUCUGCAAGAGUAAUUCAACAAACUGCAACAAUAAAAUUGAUCUAUUAUUGAUUGAUCACACUAUUACUGUGAGAGCUAAAACUUUUGCUUGGGAAGUUGAUUCUGACCCUUAUACAUUUAACUCAAAUCAUAUAUUGAAAAUGAUACCUCCGCAGUUAAAAGAACCUACCGUCUCUGAUGAUCUGUUGGUUGAGUGGGAAUGGGUAGAUUUUUCAAAAUGGUGUCGCUGUCAAGUCAAAUACAGCAAGGUUGUGAAUGGAAGAACUUCAGAGUGGGUGAUCAAUAAGAAUCUAACGAAAGUCAAACAUGGGAACGUGACCAUUGAAAAAGUGGAAUCCUGCAGUAACUACACAUUUUCAGUCCGCUGUGCUUUAGACAAGGCCCCCUGGAGCGACUGGAGCCAGGAGAAAGUUCUGACCACCAAACUAAACAAGAGGGAUGUCAAGCUGCGCCUGUGGAGAAAGAUAGAUGAACUGGACAAUAAUGGAGUUAGAAAAGUUCAUGCCAUGUGGACGGAAAUUCCUUCAACAUGUCAAGACAAAUUUACCUACACUAUCAAACAGACUCCCUACAAGGAACACAUGGUGGGAGUAAAUUAUAUGGAUACUUUAUGUGGCAAGUCAACUUGCGAUGUUGAUGUGAGCAAAGAUGCACACAGAAUAAAUCUCACAGUCCAUAAUAAAGCCCUACUUGAGUUUAUGGACUCAGUGUAUGUUCCAGCCAUUGGAGAAAGCCUCCCUCAAAUUACCGACAUCCAGACCUCAACCCUUGAAGGCGUUAUUCUGGUCAGCUGGAAAGCUCCUAUACAGCCGGUCAGUGGUUACAUGAUCGACUGGACCCACAAUGGAAAUCAAUACCAAUGGAAGGAGAGCAACGACACUAACACAGCACUGUCGAACCUCCUGGAUAAGACGCCAUACAAUAUUACAGUAACUCCCCUCUUUGAUGACAAGACAGGUCAUGGCACGCAAGCCCUUCAGAUCUGCUCCAGAGUGGCAGAUCCGGGAAAUGUUACUAUCCAUGUUAAGGCUAAUGACAAAAGUGCCCUUGUGAGCUGGAAUGUGUCACAGGAGGCAUGCAGUGAUGGCGCUGUUAACUACACCGUCUUCUACCGCACACAGGACGGAGGACCACAGCUCAAUAUUACUGUCGAUGGCACAGAGCGGGUCACCUCUUUGAAAGAUCUGAAUCCAGACACACAGUACAGUGUCUAUGUCAAGGCCACAGCUCUUACUGGAACUACCAAAAGCAGUGAGAACAGCUUUAAAACCAAAAGAUUUGGUCCGGAGUUCAUCACAGCAGUCAGUGUCUGCGGAAGCUUCAUAAUACUUCUUGUGUUAUCUCUUGGAUUAUGCUGUGCUGUUCAGUGGAAGAAAUUCCGGGAGAAGGUGGUGCCUAAUCCUGGCAACAGUUCUGUGGCGUCAUGGCCAGCUUUAAGUCGUCAAGAGGGAAUGUGCCCUUUCCAGCCAUUCAGCAAUCCAACUGAAAGCCUCUGUGACAGGGUUUACACAGAAGAAACUCAGAGAAUGUCCAUCUCUCCACUAGCUACAGGCUGUAAUGGUAACCUAAUGAGUGACCAGACAGAUGAAUACGUUGACCCAGGCACGGUUCCAGCGCCGGAUGAACAGAAUGAAGACUUAGUUAAUCAUGCUGAGACACAGCAUCUAUCUUCUCCUGAUGAUUCCACUGAACUGCUUUCUUCAGAAACCAGCCCAUAUCGAAGUCAGACUUUUGUGGAAAGCCCUGCCUCGAAACCCAUUAAUCAUUGUAAGCGUGUUCCAGUGAAACAACCAGAAAAGACAGCACUGGUGACAGUGUAUGUCACUUUGGACAUGUUUCAACAAGGUCAGGGCAGAUAAGUUUAAGCUUGCCAAAGAAUUCCAUGAUUGUGUGUGACAUUAUCCUGCUUGGCAAUGUGCCCACUGUGAAGUAAAAGAAGAAUGAUUGUAAACUUAUAUCAGACUUCAUAACCCAGGUCAUAAAAUGCAUUGUUUUGUGUAAAUAAAUGUACAUUUUGCGACCGUCUAUCCUUUAUUGAUACAAACAUGUAAUAUUUAUAGCUAAACAAUGUGUAUAGUAGCUGCUUUAUUGAGUCAACUUGAUGUCUUUUGCAGAGAUAUUAAAUAUAUGGAGAUAACUGCAUAUACCUCUAGCAACAUUUUUUGGUAUCAUUUAAUUUAAAGUCUAUGAAAGGAAUUUUUUUUUUCUCAGUAGUGACAACAUAUACACCUAAAUGUAGACCAUUCAGAAAUUUAAUAAAAAUUACAUUCAUUUUAAGAAGUUUUUCUUUUUAUAAAGCAAUGAAAUUGGAGCCCACAUUAUGCGGUUGAAAUGAUUAAACAAAUAUGUGCGUUUGCAGACUGUAUUAUAUCACAAAGCCCAGGUUUGUCCAGUGAUAACAUGCUGAGGAUUUAUGUAAACGGUGAGAAUUAUAUUUUGCAUUUUGCUGUAAAAUUCAUAAAAUCAGCUAUGUAUUAUAAUAACAUUCUCAUAAGCCAUAUGUUUCCUGUCUGUUAUCAGUGAUAUCUGCACUUGUUAAAACAGUAGUAAACUGCUUGCUUGACACUGGAAAACUGUUACUCAUUGCAAUUUCUUCUGUACAAAUUGUCUUCAAAUGCAACAAUGACAUGUACUAUCCAUAAGCUGCUUAAUAGUGUAACAUGUAUUGUUUUACAGCCAUUUUUAAAUGUGCCUGAGUAUAGUAAGUAUAACUAUAGUCUUUUUGUAUAAACUGCGGCACAGACGGCUUCAGAACUGCACUCAACAAGCUGUUUAUAGACAAUAAAAUGCA